UUAACAGCCACUUAGUUUCAAGCCCUUUAUCUCCUCCUGCGCUCACUUCACCUGCUAGUUACUCCCCUACGUCCGUACCAUGGCCGAUCCCGCUGCAGCCACAGCCACCGCCACCGCACCUCGCCCCCUCAAGAUCAUCGCGGGAGCGGACUCCUUCGGCGCCGAGCUGAAAGACGCGAUGGUAUCCCACCUCCAAUCCCUCAGCAUCGAAGUCGAAGACCUCGGUACCACCUCCUAUUACAACGUCGGCGCCGAAGUCGGCCGUCGGGUCUCAUCAUGUACCACCGCCUCGCCCGAUGUCGAAACCCGUGGCCUCCUUGCUUGCGGAACGGGCGUCGGAGUCGGGAUAUUCGCCAACAAAUUCCCGGGCGUUUUCGCCACCACGUGUCUCACUUCCGACGAAGCCCGCAACAACCGCUCCAUCAAUAACUGCAACGUUUUAGCCCUCUCCGGCAUGUCAACUUCUAAAGAUACCGCUAAGGAAAUCGUCGAUACGUGGCUCAACACUCCUUUUAAAUCGCCGUGUCCGGCGUCUGGGUCUCAGCCAUGGCCCGAGGAUAUCUCGAAAUUUUUCGAUGAAUCGAUGACUGAAAUGCCCAAAAUUGGUACUUCUGAAGAACCCCAAGCUGAAUCUUGUGCUAUUUGUUGUUUGGUUAAGAAUAGAGAAUUGAAUCCAAUCGAUAUAAUCCCUGGUGGGUCAAUGAAGAUUUUGAGAGAAAGUCCCACAUCGGCUAUUGUUAGAUUCAAGGCCGGGAGUGUUGAGCCGGCUCAUCACCAUACUUUUGGGCAUUGUUUGGUGGUGAUGGAAGGGAAAAAAAGUGUGUGGAAUUUAACUAAAGAGGAAAGAUAUGAUUUGAGUGUUGGGGAUUAUUUGUUUACUCCAGCUGGGGAUGUUCAUAGAGUGAAAUACUAUGAAGAUACUCAGUUUUUCAUCAAAUGGGAUGGGAAAUGGGAUAUGUUCUUUGAUGAGGAUCUAGACACUGCUAAACUUGCUAUUGAGAAGGAACUGGCCAAAGGGUCUGCUUGAAGAAUAAAGUCUCCUUGUGAUCUUUGAGGGAUAGAUGGAUGGAUCAUGGAUGCAAUCUAUGUCUUGUGUUUUCUAGUGUUUGAUGCUGAGGGUUUAUCAUUUAUGUAAAAGGAGGAGCUUUUGUUGUUGUAUGAUAACUGAGCUUGUGUUUGAAUAAUAAAAGUUGAUGGUUUUAUGUAUCAAGAUUGCCACUUUUGUUUUUAAGUUACGACUAUUACUUGAUGUUUUAUGAUGU